CUUCUUCUGUGCCCGGGAGCAAAGCAUCAUCAAAAUCAUCAAACCAUCGCCCCGUCUCUCUCCUCCGCUGUCUAUUUUGUUUUAAAUGUAACUUCUGACUGAUCGACAGAGCAGGGAGCGUCUGGGAAGCCUGGGCCGGCGACAGCCCCUCUGAUGAAGACUCGGUGAUCUUGUCUAAAGCUGGACACACUGGACAGAAAGGAUUAGAUUAUCUUUCUCUCUCUAUAUAUAUUUAUAUUUGGGGAAUAACACUCCGGUCCUUCGUGGAUGUCGGCUCCGUGUUGCCUGUCUUUAUUUGCCCCGCUGUGGAUGUUGCAGCGCAUUAUCUCGGUCUGAAUGAAGCUUUUCUUUUUUUCGGAUCUCCACGGCGCCGACGCUGUUUCUGGGUGACUGCCGGCUCUUUACUUGUGAAGUCGCGCGUUAUAAUCACAUUGCCGGUAUCUUAUGAGCUCCAUUCAUUGAGUUUAAGGCGUCACUUGUAUUUAAUUUUGUCAAACAAUGCCGCGGGUUUAUUGAACGCGUGUUAGUAAUUGGCGAGGCCAAAUAGUGCGCGUUCAUUACAGCGUGAAAAGAGGACAGUUGGGCGCCCCAAAAAGUUUGAGAGGCUGUCGACAUGGCUAUGGUGGCAUGGAGGAACACAGAGGGCGUCGGGGACGCUCAGGGGACCCUCUCCUCGCCGGGGUCCCAGGUCGCAUCACUGUCUCUGCCCGCGGAACUGACGGCGCACAUGAACCCGGUGUCCUCUCUGGAAAUACCCUCCGCGGCGGCGGUCCACCAGGGCGCACCGCCGCCCAACCCGUCCGGCAUCGCGACCACCACCACCGCCAACAAUAACAACAACACCUCCUCGUCCUCCUCCUCUUCCUCGUCCAUGGACAAGCAGCAGAGCCAGCACAUCGAGUGCAUCGUGUGCGGGGACAAGUCCAGCGGGAAGCACUACGGACAGUUCACAUGCGAGGGAUGUAAGAGCUUCUUCAAACGCAGCGUCAGGAGGAACCUGUCCUACACCUGCCGGGCCAACAGGACCUGCCCCGUGGACCAGCACCACCGCAACCAGUGCCAGUACUGUCGCCUCAAGAAAUGCCUCAAAGUCGGCAUGAGGAGGGAAGGUACGGGCAGGCGUCCUCCUGUUGUCGCUCUCGCCGUCCAGAGGGGCAGGCUUCCUACCCAGUCGUAUCACGGCCAGUUCGCUCUGACCAACGGAGACCCCUUGCAGUGCCAUUCCUAUCUAUCGGGAUACAUCUCUCUGCUGCUGCGGGCCGAGCCCUACCCGACCUCCAGGUUCGGCUCCCAGUGCCUGCAGGGCAACAACAUCAUGGGCAUCGAGAACAUCUGCGAGCUGGCAGCCCGGAUGCUCUUCAGCGCCGUGGAGUGGGCCCGCAACAUCCCUUUCUUCCCUGACCUGCAGGUGACGGACCAGGUGGCCCUGCUGCGCCUCACGUGGAGCGAACUGUUCGUCCUGAACGCCGCGCAGUGCUCCAUGCCCGUGCACAUCGCGCCGCUGCUCGCCGCCGCGGGGCUCCACGCUUCCCCGAUGUCCGCGGACCGGGUGGUGGCCUUCAUGGACCACAUCCGGGUCUUCCAGGAGCAGGUGGAGAAGCUCAAGGUGCUGCACGUGGAUUCGGCGGAGUACAGCUGCAUCAAGGCCAUCGUUCUGUUCACCACAGAUGCCUGUGGUCUGUCGGACGUGAUGCAUGUGGAGGGUCUGCAGGAGAAAUCCCAGUGUGCUUUAGAGGAGUAUGUGAGGAGCCAGUAUCCCAACCAGCCGAACAGGUUUGGAAAGCUGCUGCUCCGCUUGCCUUCCCUCCGCACCGUCUCUUCCUCUGUCAUAGAGCAGCUUUUCUUCAUCCGUCUCGUGGGGAAAACGCCCAUAGAAACUCUGAUAAGGGACAUGCUGCUGUCCGGGAGCAGCUUCAACUGGCCGUACAUGCCGAUUCAAUAGAGGAGAGGGCGGCGGUGGCGGUGCUUCUAAGGUCAGGAAAAGGUCCCACACCUCAGAUCAAGUCAUUUCAGUGCGGCGUAAAAUUGCUGUUUUGCUUGGAACAAGGGGAGAAGAAAAAAACUGCCAGUGGAAUGAGAUAUUUACAGGUAUUUCAAACGUAAGACAAAUAUCUCAAUUAAUAAUUUUCUUUCACUGCACCAACUGCCACUUCCCCGAGGAGUUCUCUUUCUUUAUGCUGAAUUGUGUCCUUGUGUGUUUAGAACGGUCCCCUGCAAUGAGUUAACUUUAUUGCCAAUGUUAAACGAUUUGCCCCCACUGGCAGAAUUUGUUGUUAUGUUUUUACUUGUUCGAGGAUAAAACAACUUUUCAUUGGAUGAAAGUCACUGGUCAUGACAGUUCUUUUUCUUCUUUUUUUUCGCAAUGUGGAGGCCAUUCACAAGUAUAUGGUUUUGGGAUAACAAACGCUAUUUAUUGGACCCUGUGUGUAUAUUUAUCGUGCUUGUAAAUUAUGUUUUUGCUCCUUUUAAAAACGUUUUCCGUAUUUUUGCCCCGGCCAGUGAACAAACUGCAGGGAUUGUUUUGUGUCGAUCUGUUGUUUUUUGGAGUUUUUUGUUUGUUUUCAUACCUUCCAGACAUGGCACUUUGAACAUUUCAGAAAGAUUUAACAGGUGUUUGAAGCCCAAUGUCAACUGACGUUAACCUAUUGCUCAACUGUACAGACUGAAUGGUGAGUUUAAUGCUCUGUUUUAGUUCCUUUAGAGUCUUUUUCUGUUUGCAUUGUCGACAUACAAAUAAUGAAGAGACAAAGAGCAAAUACAUAUUUGGAAAAUGCACUUCUCAUGAUCAGUGUUAGGCUGCGCCCAGUAAUGCAUUACUCCACACGUAGUAAUAUCCUUACUUUCUUAUGUUUGUACUGCCUUAACUAUUUCCCUGCGGAUUUAAUUAUUUCCACAAUGUUUAAUGCCUACUCUUUUUACCCUCUAAAAACACAUUUUUAAAAACAGUUGUUCUCAUUUAUUUCGCAUGCAGUUAAGGAAUGUUGCCAUUUCUCAUCUUAACUGAGAGAUGACGACCAGAAGGUGAAUGUGAGAUAGCUGGAUACGUUAGUCCAAUAUUUUCAUAUUUAGAGGGCUCAAAGGGGUUUAAAAUCGUAUUAUUGUUACUUUCACAAUACUUUACUGAAUUAAAGAUAAAUGCAUUACAAAAGUCACUAAGUGAUAGAGAUUCAUUUAUGUUCUGGGGUCUUUUUCACUGACGGUCUCAGAGAGGUUUGAAGAGCACUGGAGCAACGUACUGAAACCACAGCCUCUUCACGGGGUAAAUGAACAAGAUACCAGCUCAUUUGACAAAUCAAUUUCAAUGAAAAUCAUGCAUAUGAGCCCAGGCCACUUAAAGGCACAAUAAACCACUGCAGGGUAUUGCUGAACAGAAAGUGUGAGUGUGUGUGCGUGCUUGCAUGCAUGCAUGCGUGUGUGUGUGUGUGUGUGUGUAUUUGUAUUUGUAUUUUCAUCUUUGACAACCACUCUGAUGUACUGUGAAAGCAUAUUGGUUAACAUAUUGGUACCGUAUUAAAUUAUAACUCAAGAUUUAUAAAUAAAG